CAGUCCUGAAGGACAGGAGGGCCCAAGCUUUCGAGGCUCCCGGACUGGACCGGUUCAGUCCAAUCCUGAGGAACAGGUGGGCCCAGGCAUUCGAGGCUCCCGCACCGGAUCGGACCAGUCCUGAGGACAGGAGGACCCGGGUGUUCGAGGCUUCUGGACUGGACCGGUUCAGUCCUGAAGGACAGGAGGGCCCAAGCGUUUGAGGCUCCCGGACUGGACCAGUUCAGUCCUGAAGGACAGGAGGGCCCAAGCGUUCGAGGCUCCCGGACUGGACCGGUUCAGUCCAAUCCUGAGGAACAGGUGGGCCCAGGCAUUCGAGGCUCCUGCACCGGAUCGGACCAGUCCUGAGGACAGGAGGACCCGGGUGUUCGAGGCUUCUGGACUGGACCGGUUCAGUCCUGAAGGACAGGAGGACCCGGGCGUUCGAGGCUCCUGGAGUGGGCCGGUUCAGUCCUGAAAGGACAGGAGGGCCCAAGCGUUCGAGGCUCCCGGACUGGACCAGUUCAGUCCUUAAGUACCGGACUGGUUCAGUCCUGAAGGACAGGAGGACCCAGGCAUUCGAGGCUCCUGGAGUGGGCCGGUUCAGUCCUGAAGGAAAGGAGGGCCCAAGCGUUCGAGGCUCCUGGACAGGACCGGCUCAGUCCUGAGGGACAGGAGGACCCAGGUAGGUGUUCGAGGCUCCUGGAGUGGGCUGGUUCAGUCCUGAAGGACAGGAGGGCCCAAGCGUCCGAGGCUCCCGGACUGGACCAGUUCAGUCCUGAAGGACAGGAGGACCCAAGCGUUCAAGGCUCACGGACUGGACUGGUUCAGUCCUGAAGGACAGGAGGGCCCAAGCAUUCGAGCCUCCUGGACAGGACCGGCUCAGUCCUGAGGGACAGGAGGACCCAGGCAUUCGAGGCUCCUGGACUGGACCGGUUCAGUCCUGAGGACAAGAGGGCCCAAGCGUUCGAGGCUCCCAGACUGGACCGGUUCAGUCCUGAAGGACAGGAGGACCCAAGCGUUCAAGGCUCACGGACUGGACUGGUUCAGUCCUGAAGGACAGGAGGACCCGGGUGUUCGAGGCUUCUGGACUGGACUGGCUCAGUCCUGAGGGACAGGAGGGCCCAGGCAUUCGAGGCCCCCGGACUGGACCAGUUCAGCCCUGAAGGACCGGAGGGCCCGGGCGUUCAAGGCUCCCAGAUCCGCAGUGGACCGGUUCAGUCCUGAGGGGCCGGUGGUGGCAGCAUCGACGAGGCCCAUUCUGUUGCUGAAUGUCCCCCUCGAAGGACGAAGAGAGGCGUUGGUCCCUGGCAGAGAGAUGGCCCAGAGGAAGCAGGUUCCUCCUCUCCUGCUGCGCAGCCAUCGUGGCCGAGCUAGCAACCUUUCCGCUCGACCUCACAAAAACUCGACUUCAAAUUCAAGGGGAAGCUGCUCUUGCUCAUUAUGGAGAACCAUCAGGAGGCAGCAUUCCCUAUCGGGGCAUGCUGCGUACAGCCAUGGGAAUAGUUCAAGAAGAAGGCUUUCUGAAGCUUUGGCAGGGGGUAACGCCUGCCAUUUACAGACAUUUAGUUUACUCUGGUGGGCGUAUGGUUACCUAUGAAUAUCUUCGGGAAUCGGUGCUGGGCAAAAGUGAAGAUAAGCAUUUUCCCCUUUGGAAAGCAGUCAUGGGAGGGAUGAUCGCUGGUGUCAUUGGUCAGUUUUUUGCCAACCCUGCUGAUCUAGUGAAGGUUCAAAUGCAAAUGGAGGGAAAGCGGAAACUUGAAGGGAAACCAUCCCGAUUCCGUGGCGUGCAUCACGCAUUUGCCAAAAUUGUGACAGAGGGUGGACUCCGUGGUCUCUGGGCAGGCUGGGUGCCCAAUGUUCAGAGGGCAGCCCUGGUAAACAUGGGAGAUUUGACCACUUAUGAUUCAGUGAAACACUUCUUACUGCAGAACACAUCACUUCAGGACAACAUUUUGACUCAUAGCUUAUCCAGUUUAUGUUCUGGAUUGGUUGCUGCUACUCUGGGAACUCCAGCCGAUGUCAUCAAGAGUCGAAUAAUGAAUCAACCCAGAGAUAAACAAGGAAGGGGACUGUUGUAUAAAUCCUCUAUUGACUGCUUGAUACAGGCUAUAAAAGGUGAAGGAUUCAUGAGCCUGUAUAAAGGCUUUGUACCAUCUUGGAUGCGAAUGACUCCCUGGUCACUGGUAUUCUGGCUUACAUACGAAGAAAUCAGAAAGAUCAGUGGAGUUAGUCCAUUUUAAGACCUUAAAAACACAAAGCACUUGUUCAGUAUCACUGCAGUGUGUGGGCAUUCGUAAACACAUCACCUAUUUCUACCUCUUCAGGAUGAUACGGAAUCAAUCACUCAGUGGUAUUUGUUGAGUGCUUUCAUCGAGACUUUGUUAUGGGGUGGGUUGAUAUUCUAUACUUGUGCUUCGAGAGACUUAGUAGGUGUGAAUAAUUAUGGCCAAGAAGAAAACAAAACCCUUGCUCUUUUGUUGUCUAAAACAAUAUCAUUCCACAUGGUAGAAAGGUGCUGCUACAUCACCCUACUGAGGUUGUACACAAGAAGCGAGGAAAUAAGGUGACUGAUCAACCCUGAAGUGCACAAAAAGAAUUUUAAGCAGAGGCCUGUUCUACGAAUUCAAUGCAACCAGGAAUGUUACUCUUUUACUUCCCACAAUUUGUGCUCAUAUUUACACCUUUUUAAGAAAGGGGACUAUAGAGAGAGAGAUUAAUAUUUUGAGCAUCUUAAAUGGGACCCUCUCUCUCCUGCCACAAAAAAAGGAAGGCAUUGAAACUGAUUAAAACCCAGGCAAUGCCAAGACCAAAAAAGGACUAUGCUUUCUACCAGGGUUUCAGGAAUCCCCUGGCCUUGGCUAACCAUGCAAAAUAACCUGUCAGAAAUCAAGAACCGUAGACAAGCAGGUGAAUGGCUGAUCAACAAAGUGACCACUUGAGAUUUUCUUUGGUUGAGUGAUCAUUGAAUAAACUCCUUUUAAUAAUACUAAUUAUGGUAUUUGAUAAGCACUUACUAUGUGCCAGCCACUGUACCACUGGGGUGGAUACAAGCAAAUCUUUAACUCUAGCAACUUCUACUUUCAUCAGUACUUAAGAGGUACAAAAAAUAGAGCUGUCCUUUGGGGAAAGAAAACUUGGCAUAUAUCUUUCCUCAUAUCUCAUUCAAGAUGAUAGAGUCACAAAAGGCAGCUCUACCUUCCUCUUCCUGAACAGUUUGGUCAGGAGCUCACAGAUGUGAGGACCGAAGUUAGUUCUAGACCUCUAGAAAAUUUAUUAAUGCUAUAAUAGUAAGUUAUGUUCAAGCACUGCCUUUUUAUGGCAAAACCACCUAUUUUUUCUGCUUUCCAAAUUCAUGCCCACUAAUGAACUAUUUAAAAUGCAGUAAACUAGUCAGUCCCUAUAACUUUUUAUUCCUCUGGCUGCAGAGUUUUAUCUCCUAAAAUCUUCAAAAGGCCACUGCAUUUUCAAAGAUGUACAAUUAAACUGGAUCUAUCUUGGAUACAUUAUUUUAUUAUUGUAAACCCUUAAAUGGCCGGAACUAGUUGGAACCACUUUUAGAAACAGUAGCUCUCUUUGACUUCAAAAUGAGCCUCAAAUUUUGCCUCCGCCUUAUUCAGCUUCUCACUCUUAAUAUUUUUCAGUAUCCUCUGCCUUGUUGCUUCCCCCAGUUCAUUCUUUAGGCUAAUUGCUUUAAAAAGUAGAGCUGCUGUUUGAGUAAACCAGAUAUGGUAAACUUCUUUCCUCAUCUCUCCUGUUUUCCUUUGUUUCAUCUUUCCCUCCUUUUCUCCUUUGAGGUUAUAGGGAUUUUGCAAGUGCAUCAUGUUUACCCAAAUUUCAGCCCCAAUACAUUUUUUUAAUGAUGAUUAUUCUGGUUUCACAAAAGUACCCCACCGACUCUGCCUGUGGUGUCCCUUUUGCUCUGCCAUUUGCUUAGGGAUUUUUUUUCGGUAUUUGUUAAGCAUUUAUCGAGUUCCAGGCACAGUACUAAGUGCUGGGGUGGGUAUCUGUUGCUUUCUUCCAGCUCCCUUAUACCUCUUUUUCUGUUCCCCCUCCUUCUGUGCCUCUCUCUGAUAUCCCCGGGAAGUCUGGGGAAGAAAGCAAUAGUCUUUCCCCACCUUUCCCUAAAGCUGUUGUGAAUUGUGAGAAAAACCCCCAAAUAUCCCCCUCAAUGAAUUAUGUUUUUUCUUGUAAAAGCUAUAACCUUAUUUUUCCACAGGUUUGUGCUAGUGUAUGUUAAUGAAAAAUGGCUAACUUGAUAAUGCCACUGUAAUAUAACCUUCCCUCACCAGUUACACUUCUCAAUAUUCACGUUGACUAUACAGUACACCAUUUCGGCUUCUCUAAUAUUCAGUUUUUAGAAACCAGUUUUUUGUGGCCACAUAUCAAGCCUACAAAGUCUCACUUGCCACGCUGGUGCUUCCAUCAAGUUGUGUUUAACAAUGUUCAGAUCAAGUUCACAUUUUCCCUUGGAUUAUGGGCUCUAAGUGGAAAGUGCAUAAAUGAUUUAUGAAGAGUGCAGAGAAACUGAUUUCCUGUGGGAAUGUAAGUUUGGAUUGGUUAGCCCAAGGUUAGUGGCCUAGUAGAAAGAGCAUGGGCUUGGGAGUCAGAGGACCUGGGUUCUAAUCCCAGCUCCACCAUUUACCUGCUGUGGGACCUUGGCCAAGUGACCUAAUUUCUGGGCCUCAGUUCCCUCAUCUGUAAAAUGGGGGUUCAAUACCUUUUCUUCCUCUUACUUAGGCUGUGAUCCCCAUGUGGGACAGGGACUGUGAUUGACUUAUCUUGUAUCUAUCCCGCUUAGUACAGUGUUUGGCAUGUAGAAAGCACUUACAAAUACCACAAUUACUAUAUUAUUGUAUGGUAACUACAAGAAUUGUCAAAGAGAAUGACCAAAUAUGACCAAUAUGACCAAAGCCAUAGUCCCCAACCCCAUAAGCCUUUUUUUCUUGUAAAUUAUGGUUUUACUUUCAAUGAGAACUUGAAGAAACGUAACUCCGGUGGUUAAUGAAGUAAAGCUUUAUUUUAUAAAAUGGAUAUUUAAUAUUUAUAUUGGGAAAGAUGCCUUUGCAUUUUUUGUGUGUGGGUCAAGGGAGGGCGGUAUUCAUGCAUCUCUCAAUCAAUCAUAUUUAUUGAGUACUUACUGGGUACAGAGCUCUGUACUAAGCGCUUAGGAGAGUAUGAUAUAACUGAGUUGGUAGACAUGUUUCCAACGAACUUACUGUGGGCAUCUAUUCCAACUACUGUAUUGCCACUCGUGACCAUUGUUUGUGAUCAGAACAGGGAGGUCUAACUGACCAAGUGAUCCAACUGUGCGAGGGAGAUGUUUGGAAACCACCAUAUAUCUGGUAAAUUAGGGUGCUUAGAGACCUCUAACGCUGCUUGAGCAGAACUGCCAGGUAGGUAAAAUGAAUUCUCCUAAUAUUGCACUUUCUAGACCACACUUUUCUUGUUGCCAAUACUUCUGACUCCUAGUAUUUUCUUUCAUUAAACUUUUACUCAUGGUAAUUAUGCUCCUGUUGGGCAAAUUUUAAUGAGAAUAGGCAUGUGCAGCAAUGUAAUCAUUGUGUCAUGAAUCAAUUUUCUGUUUAAAAUGAAGUUAAACACAAUUGAUGUAUACUUAGUAUAAAUGACUGGUCAGAAUAAUGUUUAAGGUAUUUGUAAUAUUUAGGAAAUAAGUAAAUUUUAUCAAAGGUUUCAACACUGUAGAUUUUGUCUGUACAU